ACUCUCUGGUGCGCAUGUUCCUGUAGUUCCAUGUGUUUGUAGCUUUCUUGCUAGCCAGCGACAAUCCUAAGAACAACAAUGGUAAGUAAAUCUAUGACUACAGCUUUUACAAACAGGUCUUGCAGUUAUUUGAAUUAUAUUUACCCUGUUGGACUCUGAAUAUCGAUUUUCAGUCGAUAUUUUGGGGCCAUUUGAUGUAACUUUACUGAUAUCUCACAUGUGCUUCAUCUGGCUGUGUGCAAAUAUCACAGUUUUCUUAUUAUAAGUACGUUCAAGUGUUAAAGUUGGUAAGGAUAAAUAAGGAUAGAGCUGACACGAGGUGGACAAAGUUGCUCACUUCAAAACAUAAAUGUGGGCAAUAAUAAACUGUCUCUAUCAUCAUGUCAGGGCCAAAACAGCUCCAACCUGAAAAAUCUCUGGACUUUGGAUGAGAUUAAACAUAUGGUGUGCCUUGGUAUCUGGCAUGUAGAUGUUUGCAGAUGAUCCUUAAAGUUGUCAAUUAAUUCAUCAGUCAUUAAUCAGUAUACCUAUUACUCAGUCUUUACAUUGGAUAAAGCCAAUUCAUAUCAAAUGUGAUCUCAAGACGCUUUGCAUAAAGAGCAGGUCCAGAGUAUCCUAUUUAAUUUAUCAAAUUUGACAAAGACCAAACAAAAAGAUCAGUUAAGAUUUAACUAAGUUAUAUAAGACCAAUUCUUAUUUUAAACCACCAUGAGCAGAGCACUUUGCAGAAUAUUUGUAAAAACAUCCCUUUUGAGGGAAACCAGACUCCUUGAGCAGAACCAAACUAAGACAGCCAACACUUAGAGGUGUUCGAGUUUGCAAAGCCAACAAUGUCACAGAUCUUGUCAUGGUGUGUGAGACACAAGGACGACCAGGUAUGUCCUAUUACUUCAGUCUUUUGUGACACAAUUUGCUCACUUAAGAUUCGAGCAAGAAGUUUCUCAGUGAGUUCAUACCCACAAUGGGAGCCAUAAGAACCAUGCCCUGGGAAAGUGUAAAUCAGAUGCAUCAAUUGAGCAGCGGGUCUGUUGUGGAAAAAUAGGUGUAAGGUCACAACUGCAUAUCAUUUAACUCAGGGAGAGAUAGGAAAACGACUCCAGAGAGGUCUUAAAAUCCUCUGCAUAAAAUAAGCAAUAAAACUAUGUUUAAAAAAAAAAUCUGUUACAUUUUUUGUGAAUCUUUAGCAGACAGCACUUCCCAAGCAAGAACAAAAUCUGCAAAGAGAUAACUCACCACCUGAUCUGCAGGGGACACCAAAAUAUAGUCGUGUUACAAACCUGUCGCAAAUUCACCUCAUUACUUGAGAUUUUCCUCCAGCUGUUUUUGUAAUACUACACAACUUUUUCAGUGUUUCAUUGUCCUUAUUUCAACUUCUUAAUGACAUGGUGCUGUCUUUACGUUUAGAUGUAUAUAUUUUUCAUAAAGUCAUAAUCUGUGACUAGCAUGCUACAUUGGAGAGGGAGUAAAGGAAGACAUAAAAAGUAAGAGAUGCGAAGUUGGGCCUUUAUAGACCAGACUUGGUUGUCCAGCACAUCCCUCAGAUGUUUUCUUGGCUUGGGAGCUGGUAUAUUCAGUCUGUUCUGAUGCUCACAUACCAACUGUUGGCACUUUUAGCAGUAAACAUGGAAAAGCAUGGUCACCUCUAACCACUCUGUGGCUAUACCACCAUAUACAGUACACAGGAAACUGUGACGCACUGUUUGUUAUGAUACCUUUCAACCAAGAACAGCAUAACUUUUUCAGCACUUUGGUUUCCAGGAGCUCUUCUGUCUAUCGAACCAUGCUGGCCAGCCUUCACUGCCCACACAUGUUGAGUGUUGGAGUAUUUUGAGAUACUGUAUCCUAGCACACUUUGGUUCUUGUCAAAGUCACCCACAUCCACAAUUACUUGCACCCUGAUACUGGCACCACUUAGAGGUGCAGGGGCCACCAUCUUUUUGUUCUUGUUUUGUUUGUUGUCUAUUUUUGUCGCGAGUAUCUCACAUUCUUUCCUGUUACUGAUCUGUUGAACUGCUGUUUUGUAAAACAAAAUUCAUUUAUAAAAAGAAAUAAUUUGCACUUUGUUGAAAAUCGCAUUACAUAUAAAAUGUUUUGAAACCUCUCUGAUGAACUGUUCUAGCUACGUCGAGAGGUGAGACUGAGGCGAGAGUACCUGUACAGGAAGGCACAGGAGGACAGACUUCGAACGAUCGAGGAGAAGAAACAAAAGCUGCAGGGUGCACUUGAUGGUAGGAAAGCGUGGUCAUUAGGUCACAUUAUUCAAUCUGUACUCCAUAUUGUGAUUAGUAUGCAGUAUAAAGAUUCUGACCUCAAACUCUUUCCAAACAAAACCUUUUUUUCUCUUUGCAGAAAAUCGUGUUCUUCCAACAGAAGUACGCAAAGAAGCUCUGCAGCUCCAGAAACUGCUGGAGUAUGACGACGAAGGGGCAGAAGGCUAGUUUUAUUUACUUGGCUCUUUGUGUUCUCCCUUUGUCACCAAUACCAUGCUGUCUGAUACAUACAAAUUGUUAGCUUUCAUUUGAUUGUUCCAAAUCAUCUCUGUUGUACUUCAGGUGUCAGCUCACACAUGGAUGAUGAGUACAAAUGGGCUGGAGUUGAAGAUCCUAAAUUGAUGGUCACCACAUCCAGGGACCCCAGCUCCAGACUCAAAAUGUUUGCCAAGGUGUGGUCACUGAAGCCCUUAUGGUCUUAAUUCACAUUUAGUGCCAGAGAAAAGAGAAUGACUUAAUCCAUUUUUUUAAACUAUCAUUUUAUUCUGAGGACCUAAACGGUAAGAAUUGACCCAAAACUGGGAGAACAAACAGUAAGGUGCCACAUAUGGUUCUUAUUCCAGGAGGUAAAGCUGAUGUUCCCUGGAGCGCAGCGCAUGAACAGAGGAAACCAUGAAAUUGCUGCCCUUGUUCGAGCUUGCAAAGCCAACAAUGUCACAGAUCUUGUCAUUGUGCAUGAAACAAGAGGACAACCAGGUACGUCUUCUUACUUCAGUGUUUUAUGACAUUUUUUAACUUCUGACUUUUAUGUGCUCACUUAAGAUUCGAGCAAGAAGUUUCUUAAGUGAGUUCAUACCCAUAAUGGGAGCCAUCAGAACUAUGCCCUGGGAAAGGGUAAAUAAGAUACAUCAAUUCUAAACAGUGAUGUCCAUAUUGAAUUUCUCUUUGGGAUCAAUAAAGUUUUUCUUCUCUUAUAAUGAAACCUGCUGUACAGAUAGAUUUUUUUCUACUUCUGUCGAUAAAUGUAUUAACGCAUUACAACUGUAUGUUUUUUAUUUUAAGUUAUGGUUUUUCUGGAGAGCAAACCAAGUAUCCACCACAAAUCAGGGUCUGUACACCAGUGUACAUGAAGUAUCUGAUGUUUUUUUUUUUCUUUCCACUUUUCACAGACGGACUGGUGGUGUGCCAUCUGCCAUUUGGACCCACGGCUUAUUUCACACUUUACAACGUGGUAAUGAGGCACGAUGUUCCAGACAUAGGCACAAUGUCUGAGGCCUACCCCCACCUGAUUUUCCACAACUUCAGCUCACGGCUCGGCAAGAGGGUGAGUGCUGUACUGUGCACUGUACAUGUGACACUCAUAUUCUCUUUCAACACUCGUUUGUGCUACAACUAAUUAAUUCUGCUUGUGCAGGUGUCCAAUAUCCUCAAGUAUCUCUUUCCAGUGCCGAAGGAGGACAGUAGACGUGUAAUCACAUUCGCCAACCAAGAUGACUUCAUCUCUUUUAGGUAAGUGUUAAAAGACUAUCUCGGUGUAUAAGCCAUACAGAAGUUGGUAUUUUGUGCAAAUGCCGCUGAAACUUAUAUGGUGUGUGUUUUUAAUUACACAGACAUCAUACCUACAAAAAAACAGACCACAAAAACGUUGAGCUGACAGAAGUAGGACCCAGGUUUGAAAUGAAAUGUAAGUAUCAACCCAUAAAAAGAGAUUUUGUCCCAUUUGGUUGUGAAAGAUGGACUGGAGUCAGACCCCUGGCCCAGUAGACAAGCUUAGCUCUAAACCCGUGUCAUGGAAAUGGAAGGCACUUGGCCUGAAAAUAUCCUAACACUGGUGUGGGCACUGUGUUAUCUCAUCUGAGUGACUUGGGCUUAGUCUGGUUACUUGAUAUAAAACAUCCCUCAAAGUAAAAUGAAGGCACAGUGCUCUAGGUCUAGCAACAUCUUAAGGAGAAAAAGCAGGUAUUACUGAUAUCUCCCCUGUUGUUUAGGCCCAGGACUUGUUAGUUUAGGAUGUGAUCCUAAAGUGUCAUUCUAAAAUCUUAAAGAAAUAUUCAUACCUUACCAUAAAAAGGCUUUUGCCUGUUCAUGCAAACUGCAACAAAGCAGCAUUGGUUUUGAAUGAUGGACUAAAAGGUCCAACAUAACAGGUGGUAACAGGAGCUGAAUAGGUCCAUUAGUUCUCCUCUUGUUUUAAAAAUAGUAGGAAAUUCAGUAUUGGCAUAUGAUGCACAGUUUGAUGUACAGUUUGGUAAACUGUUAAUGUGAAAUGUUAACAUGUAUGUUUUUUUUUUUUUUGUCUUUAGUGUAUAUGAUCAAACUCGGCACCUUGGAGAAUGAGAGCACAGCAGAUGUGGAGUGGCGUCACCACGCAUACACACACACAGCCAAGAAACGACGAUUCCUCAGUGUGCAAUAGUAAACUAAUAAAGCUUAAAAAACGUAAUUUUUUUCUCCAGUUGUCAAACUUUUUUAUUAAACAUCUAUCAAUAAAAAAUAUUUUGUGCAAAACAACAACCACCCUUCUCUGUUCUUCUUUUAGCUGGUAUACACACAGCAUCUCGCUUUAAACAAAAAUGUUUGUUGCAAGUUAAUCCAUUCUGUGCUGCCGUGCUUCUUUUAAGUCAAAUUUAAAAACUCACUUUUACAGACAUGCUUUUUUGUGAUGCCGUCUUUUAUCUCUUUUACCUCUAUCUUAUUUUGACUUACUGUCCUUUUAGCCUUUGUUUUACUAAUAAUCUUUUCUUAUUUAACCUUUUAGGCCUUUUAUUGAUUGUAUUGUUUUUUUCUGCUCAUUUUUGUUAUUCCAUUUUAUCAUUAAUAUUACCAUUAUUAUGAUUUUAUUAUCAUUAUUAAUAUGUUGUUUAUAUUUACUAUCUUUUUUCCUGCUUUCUACCCCCCCUUUUUAUCACAUUUCUUUUUCUUACAUAUUUUAUGUUUUUAUUUUGGUCCUCGUGGUCUCAUUUUAUGUUGUAGGGUUCUUGUAUUGUCUGGGUUUCUUAAGACUAAUGAAAUAUGCCUUCGAUUCGGAGGCCUUGUUUUUAACUGAGCUUUUGUUUUUAUUUGUUUUUAUUUUCAUGUGCUUUGCAACUGUUUGUCAAAGCACUUUGUAAACUUCUUUUUUUAAAAGUGCCGUAUAAAUAAAGUUAUUAUUAUUAUUACUGCAGAAACACGGUGUUACAUGGCGGCCUUAAUAUAAGGGCCUCGUUCCUGUGUAAAUAUAGAGGGCGAAUUUUAAUUUUUAACAAACACAACCACUUUCAUUCUCAGGUGCUUGAACUCUUAAAAAUUUUUUUGAUUAUAUAAGUCUGUUCUACUAAAUACUCCAACAGUGUACUUUAUAUUAUUGUAUUUUUGUAAUAAAGUGUUUCCAUUGACCUGUAUGUUCAAUGGUGAAGU